AUGAUAUUUGAGAUCAGUGAUCUUGGAAGUUCGUCUCGUGAAACUUUACCGCCUAAAACGCACCUACUCCUCGCAACUUCCAGUCCCUCACCCCGACGUCUCCUCCCCCCACUCCCUCCCCCCAAACUCCCCACAGCCCUCGGCCUCCCCUCGCAGUUCCGCACGCACCACGCGCUGCUCGUGCUGCACACGUGGCUGGCGCUCCUGCGCCUGCGCAAGGAGGGCGCGCAGGGGGCGGCGGUGGGGCAGACGUUGUACGACACGUUCAAUCACGACGUGGAGCGGCGCGUGGUGGCGGCGGGGGUGAAGCUGCUGGUCAGCAAGUGGAUGCGCGAGCUUGAGAGGAGUUUCUAUGGUGCUGCCGCAGCUUAUGAUGCGGCAGUGGCGCCUGGCGCGAGCGCUGACGCACUGCCCAAGGCUCUCUGGCGCAAUGUGUUUGCAGAGGACGCGUCUGACAUGCCCUCCGGCCCUGCAGCUGCUCCCGUGCAGGCCUUGACACGUUACGUGCGGCUUGAGCUCGCCUCCCUUGCACUCACAGACUCAGAGGCCAUUCUCACGGGAAACAUCACCUUCACCAAUACAAUUCAUUCAGAGUCCUGA